AUGGCGCUCUCUUCGCUGCAGCCCCUGGAGGCACUGAAAUACGCCGAGCUCCAGCGCAUCGCCAAGGCCGCCGGGCUGAGGGCCAACCUUCGGGCAGACAAAUUGUUGGAAUCAUUGAAGCAACACUUUGAAAGGACAAAUGAAGAAAGUGAAAAUAUGGGUUCUGUAAAGAGUGCAUGUGCUUCCAUUAAAUCGGAUGAACUGAGCAAUCAGGAGGAAAUGUCUGAUUCAGUGUGUUUCAUUACAAAAAUACCUGGUCAGGAUAAGAAAAUAACCAGAAAAAAGAGGAACUCCCAUGAGGAAACUAACAGCAGUGAAGAAAACCCAGUGCUUUCUGAUGAGAAACAGGCGCAUUCUGAAAUGAAAGAAAAUGAAGUGCCUCAGGGGGAGCACAAAAAGGGACAGAAGAUAUCACAAAACAGAAUCCAAAUAACUGAAGAGAGAGCUAUUGAGAAUCCAGGGAUGGGUGCUGGGCAGAAGAAACAGGCAGGGAAGGCUUCUGCUAAAGGCAGGGGAGGACAACGUAAUGCUCAUCCUGCAGGAGGGAAGAUCCCUUUACAUGUAGGCCGCGCACCCAGGUCUGCAGGAGGGACAGCCACCACACCAAACUUCAAAAAGUUGCAUGAGGCUCAGUUCAAGAAAAUGGAAUCUAUUGCUGACUACAUUGAGAGGAAAAAAAAACUGAAUGAAAGUUGCGGCGCAGUCAAGAAACAAGCCAGUGGCAAAAGAUUUUUAUUCAGCCCAAAAGCAGAAAGAGGCAGGUUCUCCACCACCAGCACUCCUUGUAAUGUCCGGCGCUCGCCACGCAAUUCUCUGAACACUGCUAAUCGGAGCAUUUUAUCCCAGAAAUCUUCGUUUCAUCCUUCUGUACUAUCAACAUCCAAAAUGAACGUCAGGUUCUCAGAAGCCACAAAAGAUAAUGAGCACAAACGCUCUCUUACCAAGACUCCAUCUAGAAUGUCUCCAUACAUGGAGGAGCUCUGCACACCUGACACUCAAAAGAGCUGCAAACUACGAAGUCAGAAGAACAGUAAGGGAAAUGCAAGAAAUAAUGAUCUGACUGCAUCAAAGGGUAAGGUGCAUGUUCUUACCCCCUUCAAGUUUGGAGCUCAACCUGCAGAACCCACAAGUGGCAAGCAGACAUUUGAUCUCAAAGCAAGUCUCUCUCGGCCGCUUCGGUAUCAGCCGCACAAAGGACGACUAAAACCGUGGGGAGAAUUUAAAGAAAAUGCUGUUCUCAGUAGGUCUGGUGGUAUCUGUUCACGUAGGAAAGAUUACAAACAGCCACAUCUCCAGACAAGGGAAGAAAGGCGUGAGAUGCUUGAGCAAGACAGAAAAGAGAAAAGGGCUCAUGCUCAUGGGAAGCGUAGAGGCCUAUCUGGGUGUUAGGAUGAACAAGAAGUAUCCAAGACUUCACUGUAAAUACUGUUCCUCUCAUGUAAAGGCUUGUGCUCUGUGUCUGGUUCAGGUUGCUUUUAGCUAGUGAAAUCCAGAAAGCAAUUAAUGAGACCUUGUAAUGUGCUCUGAGCAUAAUGAUGAUCAACUUCUCCACUGAGAGUUCUAACCUUUGAGGGGCUUAGAACUCUCUUGUUGCUUCAUAAUGUUUUCAUUUAACUAAUUUACUUGACUAAAAGAUGUUAAAGAAGAAAAUAUGAGUGGAAAAAAGAUGCUCGAGAAGCCUCCUUGCAACUUAGGACAGACUUGUGCAUCAGAAUGCACUUGUUGUGUGCUAGAAUGCAGGCUUUAGAUAGCAGCAGCUUCAAAAUGUUCCCCAGUGUUCAAAAUGACAAGAUUUGGAAAUACCUGCUUGCCCUGUUCUCCAAGUCAAUCCUUAAAUGCUCUAAGUUACAGCAAUUAUUCAGCAUUUCUAAUCUAAUCCUAUGGAAUAGUAGGGAAUUUCAAAGAGAAGAAAAAAUAUGCAAGCUCUCUGGCAAACUAAUGUGUAACAUAAUUGUAAACUACCUUUUUGAAAAAGUCAGAACUGAAUUUACAAAUUACCAGUUGAAUGCUUUGGUACAGUUAAGGUUUUCUUCCUUUCUAUGGUAAAUAGCAGAUG